GAAUGAAGAUGUUGGGCGUGGGAGCCUUUCGACUACCUUGCGAAUCUUCUCCAGCUCUCGCCACAAUCCCUCAAAUUCUCACGGCUUCCUCUCUUUCAGUUCCGUGCAGAACCUUCAAAACCAACUUGCUCUUUCCCCAUUCAAAUUCUUGUUCUACUUUUCUAUUCUUACAGGGACAACCUGGAUUUUCUCUUUCUGCUUCCAAGAAGCGUACAGGCAAGAACAAUAUCCUCUUGGAAACAGAUGGGCAUGAGGAGGAGGAGGAGGACGAGGACGAGGAGGCGGACGAGGGAGAGGUGUUUGUGCCUUUUGCGAAUAUGAAUAAGUGGAUUCAGAACAAGCCACCUGGAUUUGGAGAAGGGAAAAUGUAUCAUACUUCUAUUGAGGAUGAACUGCUUGAAGAAAUGGAGCAGAGUAGAAGGGCUCAGCUUGCAAAUAUCAAUAACCUAAAAAACAAUCCUCCAAACUCCAAAUCUGAGAAGCAGCCGAACAUGAAUGAAGCCCCUGAAGUUGUUCCAAGUGGAAUUCGGGUUCGUGUUGGGAACCUCCCCAAGAAGAAAAACAUCCACAGAGAUCUGAAGUUGGCAUUUCAGGGGUUCCCAGGAAUACUUAAUAUAAGCCCAGCUGUUUCUGGAAAUAAAAAGACCAAGGACCCUAUUUGCAAGGGCUUUGCUUUUGUUGACCUUGACUCUGAAGAGGCUGCAUCUAGAUUCAUACGCAAAUAUGGCAGACAAAGUUUACCUUUUGGCAAGAUUCAGAAGCAGAUAACCUGUGAGAUGAUAAAUCCAAGCCACACCCUUGACAAUGCUUUUGAACAAUCUCUGAAUGGCUCUAGUGCAUCCAUAUCCGAACUUACUCUUCCCAGUUUAGAAGAAAACCCAGUUACGGAUUCUGAUGUAGAUAACCUUUCCAUGGAUUUUUCGGAACUGACCACCUUUGAUGAAUCUGCUGGCCCUAGGGACCAGAUUAUGCCAGUGGACUGGGAAGAAACCAUAUGGGAACCAAAUGACAUCAGUGGCAUGAAAGUAACAACCGAGCUUGUCAAUGAGGUAGUGUCCUCAAAGCAACAACAGAAGAGUCGGGCAGUACAGAAGAAGAAAACUGUCAAAACAAAAUCAGCAAAGGUCCCAAAGUUGAACAUUCCAGGGUCUGCGAAAAGAUUGAAGAUUAAGGAGAAGGCUGUUCUAACAGGGGUGUUCACCAAGUAUGGAGUAAAAUCUCCAUCAUGAAGGGAUUCAGUUCAAACAGCAAUGGUGUUUUGUUAUCUUAUAUAUGUUGAAUCAAAGUACCAUUUAUGCGGUUAUUGAGUUAUAUAAGCAGAUCAAGUUCAAUGCAUUGGUGUGUUUAUCACCAAUAGCUGGGAAUAUGACCAGGAUUUGCAGGUUGGUUGGAUUUAACCUGGUUGACCAUUGCUGAUCUGGUUUUUAGAACAAUUGUUCCCCUUCUUACUCAUUUGAAAUCUCAGUCAAAGGACUUGGCCAGGUAACAGAGAUGAAAUGCCAUUCAUUUUUGUAUAUUGUUGUACUGUAACCCAAAAUUGUCGAGACAUUUGGACAGCUGACUAUCGGAAAUUGCAAUUUCCACCU